GAAAAAUGUAAACACAUUCAAAAGAAGCUACAUCAGAACUGAUGCAUCUACCAUCAGGUAUGCUGCACCCGUACAGCUACUCCUCAACCCUGAGCCAUUUCCUGAACUACCACCAGCAGCUGGAGGAUCAGAACGAGCCCGAAUCGGAAAACGGUUCUCAGAACUACUGCGAUGACCUCACUCAGGAAGAUGACGCCAGGUGCAGGAGUAAUUCAUCAGCAGCUAGCAAGUCCUUCACGAUCGCCGCCAUUUUGGGGCUCAACAGUGACGUAAAAAGUAUAGGUUCCCCCCAACUGGACUCGACCGCCGUCAACCUCUCGGUGCCCCCCCACGGGCGACUGCAGUUGCAUUGCCCCCCCGCCACUCACUACCCCCCACCCCCCUCCGUGGGGCACGGUUGCCCCCCUGCCAGGCAGAACAUCGCCAACGUCAGGGGUGCAUUGAAGCACAUGUCCUCUAAUGUCCUCCAAUCGAAAAAAAGUUGCAAAAGCAAGCGAGUGAGGACGAUUUUCACUCCGGAACAGCUGGAAAGGCUAGAGGCAGAGUUCGAGAGGCAACAGUACAUGGUCGGACCAGAAAGGCUCUAUUUGGCACAUACCUUGCAACUUACUGAAGCACAGGUGAAGGUGUGGUUCCAGAACCGCCGCAUCAAAUGGCGCAAACACCACUUGGAAUUAACCCAUCAACGACUCGCGGUCCUCAAGCAGCAACAACUCCUUCUCGAUGACACUCCACCCGAUCCCGAGGAUGCCAACACUUCCAGCACGGAUACGUGAGGGUGCAGCCAGCCGACGAAUUAGGGGGCGAAUUCCGGAAAUCCUCGAGAAAGCAGGGUUUUUCUUAAAAACGUGCUGAUAUUCAAUGGGGUUAUUCUUUGUGAAAACUUCACAAACGAUAAGAUUUUCACAAAAUUCUCAAACACA